AAUAUACACAUAGUUUCCUCCCCUCGCUUGUCUCUGCAGACAAUGCAGAAAUUAAGACAAAUGCACACAACCGCUCAGCGGCGAAUGAACGUAGCGACAGCGUUUCUGCUCGCGUGGAGAAAGCUGCAGGACGCGGCGCCGGCGCUACCCGCAUUGCAUCACGGACACGACUCCCGGUCCCCCGCUGAUUCCUUCCUCCCACACCAUCCCCGAGCCGGCCUCAUAGGACGCUUGUCUCUCUUCGCUCGGAAGGGGAGGGGGGCUGGGGGGGUUCAGUGCAGCACGAAAAUGCAUCAUCACCGAUGACGAUUGCGCUUUGUGUGCGCAAAAAGCCGCAAACUACGCGCCGCGCGAGCAACUUUGAGAGCCACCGCAAUGGAUCGCGCAUCAGCGAGGGGCCAGCGGCUGGCAUCCUGCGAGACCUCCCACGCGUGUCAUUUGCAGCCGGGUCACGUUGUCGAUUAAGCCUCAAGCAGCAACCUGUGGCUGCGCGCGUCCUUGCUUCAACUUGUUUCUUCUUCCUGCGAGGUGUAAUGGAGCGACGCAGCUGACGAUUUGGAAGGGCCGGAAGGAGAAGAGUCACCCAGGGGGAAAGAUGUAUGGGCGAUACACUCAGGAGCUGGGUGUCUACGCCAAGGCGGAAGCGGCCCGCCUACGGGAAGGCGGCGUGCGGAACGGCGGAGGUCUGCGGCGGAACACGAGCGUCCGAAGUCGUACCGCAGAUCUGCAGGAGUACCAGAGGGACCCGUGUGCAAAGUGCCAGUCAUGCGCAUCCAGCUGUCAGAAGUUCUUGAUCUCGCGAGUGGGUGAGGAUUGGAUCUUCCUCAUCCUGCUGGGGCUGCUCAUGGCGCUGGUCAGCUGGGUCAUGGACUACGCCAUUGCGUUCUGCCAAGAAGCACAGAAGUGGAUGUACGGCGGCCUGGACAGUAAUCUGCUCCUGCAGUACAUCGCCUGGGUCAGCUACCCCGUGGUGCUCAUCACAUUCUCGGCAGGAUUCACCCAGAUCCUGGCUCCUCAGGCCGUGGGCUCGGGCAUUCCGGAGAUGAAGACCAUCCUGAGGGGAGUUGUCCUCAAGGAGUAUUUGACUUUUAAGACGUUCGUGGCGAAGGUCAUCGGGCUCACCUGCGCCCUGGGCAGCGGGAUGCCUCUGGGGAAGGAGGGACCUUUUGUCCAUGUGGCCAGCCUGUGUGCCGCCCUCCUCAGCAAAUUUAUGGCUGCUCUUUUUGGGGGAAUCUACAUGGAAGAGCCCUUUGAAGGAAGUAAGAACGAAUUGAGAAACACCGAAAUGCUGUCGGCUGCGUGCGCGGUGGGCGUGGGAUGCUGCUUUGCCGCGCCUAUUGGAGGAGUGUUGUUCAGCAUCGAAGUCACGUCGACGUUUUUUGCCGUGAGGAACUACUGGAGGGGUUUCUUCGCUGCUACCUUCAGCGCCUUCAUCUUCCGAGUGCUGGCCGUGUGGAACCAGGAGGAAGAGACCAUCACCGCCCUCUUUAAGACUCGCUUCCGACUGGACUUCCCCUUCGACCUCCAAGAGCUGCCGGCCUUCGCUAUCCUCGGGCUCGCCUGCGGUUUCGGCGGCGCCCUCUUUGUCUACCUGAACCGGCUCAUCGUGGAGUGCAUGAGGAAGCAGAAGACCAUUAACAAGCUCUUGCUGAGGAAUCCGUCUCUUCCUGUCAGGCGUUUGGCGUAUCCGGCGCUCGUCACUCUGCUGGUGUCCACGUUGACCUUCCCGCCGGGGUUCGGGCAGUUCAUGGCGGGUAAGCUAACGCAGCACGAGUCGUUGGUGGCGCUGUUUGACAACCGCACGUGGUGCCGCCAGGGCGUCGCCGAGGAGUUUGACUACAUCAGCCACCAUCAUGCCUGGAAGCACCCCCAGGUCAACGUCUUCAUCACGCUCGUCCUAUUCAUCAUCAUGAAGUUCUGGAUGUCCGCCGUGGCCACCACCAUGCCUGUUCCAUGCGGGGCCUUCAUGCCUGUUUUCCUAAUUGGUGCAGCAUUUGGCAGACUGGUCGGAGAGAUCAUGGCUGCCAUGUUUCCUGAUGGUAUCCAUGCCAACGGCAGCGUCUAUCCCAUCGUUCCCGGCGGUUAUGCCGUAGUCGGUGCUGCGGCACUUUCCGGCGCUGUCACACACACCGUGUCCACCGCGGUCAUCGUCUUCGAGCUGACCGGUCAGAUCUCGCACAUCCUGCCUGUGAUGAUCGCGGUGAUCCUGGCCAACGCCGUGGCACAGGCGCUCCAGCCGUCGCUGUACGACUCCAUCAUCCGCAUCAAGAAGCUGCCCUACCUUCCCGAGUUGGGAAUGGGGCAUCACGAGAAGUAUAAUAUCCGUGUGGAGGACAUUAUGGUGCGUGACGUGCGCUUCAUCACGCUCACCUCGUCCUAUCGAGAGCUGCAGGAGAUGCUGUUGACCGGUCAACUCAAGACGCUCGCCUUGGUGGAAUCUCGAGACUCCAUGAUCCUCCUGGGCUCCAUCGAGAAGCUUCAGCUGCAGUCUCUGCUCUCGCUGCAGCUGAGUCGCCAGCGCCGCCUGACUCACUUGCGCCGGCUGCUCCUGGACAGCGACGCCAACGACAACCUGACCAGCCUCACCAGCUUGACGAGCGACAGCGCCCCCGCGUCCCCGCGCCACAGCAACGCUCAUCAAGGGGUUCGCUUCCUGGUGAGCACCCAAGAGAUCUCCACAGAGGAGUCGUCCUCCUUCGGCCCGCCCGGCUCCACCCUUCACCGUCCUCUCAAGUCGGCACUCAAAAGCGCCGGCGACGCCCACACUCCCGCCAGCUCUCAGGCGCCGUCCAGUGCUGGGCAAGACCAGGAGACGCUCGAGAGUCCGUGUGAGGUGGCCCCGUGCGAAAGAAGGAAGGCCAAGCGCGUGCGUAUCUCCAUGGCGGACUCGACUGCAGUAGAAGAUUGUAUGACCCCAACUGAGAUUGCCGAGUGGGAAGAACAACAGUUGGACGAGCCGCUGGAUUUUAAGAACUCCAAGAUUGACCCCGCUCCAUUCCAGCUAGUGGAGCAAACCUCACUUCAUAAGACCCACACGAUCUUCUCCCUUCUGGGUCUGGAUCACGCCUACGUGACCAGCAUGGGCCGUCUGGUCGGUGUCGUCUCCCUCAAAGAGUUACGUAAGGCCAUAGAGGGCUCAGUGACGGUGACUGGGGUGAAAGUGCGCCCCCCGCUGGCCAGUUUCCGUGACAGCGGCAACACCAGCAGCAUCUCCGAGGUCACGGAGCUCCACAAGCUGUGCAUCCGCCACCGGGGGCUGUCGUUGCCGCGGGAACCCAGACCCCCGGACCAGGUGGAGGACCAGACGGACGUGGCGUACCAGGAUAUGCCCAUCAGCGUGUCAGACCAGACUGGCCCGGGCGAGGUAGAGCUCGAGGAGAGCCCCACAUUCACUGAGGACCAAUCGGACUUUACCUUUGACUGCAGCCUCGCCAACACCGAGGAGUCCGAGCUGGUUUGUGACUUUGAGCCACCACCGGGCCAAAUUCCUGAGCCGGUUCAAGUGGCGCAAAGAAGUGGGAGUCCCCCUCUCAGUGGGGAUCAAUUAGAACUAGAGGCGGUGAGACCAAUCGCUGAUGACCAAUCAGAGUGAUGAAUGUGGACAUUUCUUCCAUUUGUAUAUUGACAAUACCUGCUCCAUUUCAACACAGCCACAAUCGGGAUAUCACUCCCUAGUUACUUGUGCGCGCGUGUGUGUGUGUGUGUGUGUGUGUGUGUGUGUAUACACCGUGUCUCGAACCCCAUUUUGAGAAACACCAAAUUUACUCAAAGUGCCAUCUCUAUCUGCACUCCACACCAGUAGGAAGCAGCGUGUUUUGUUGAGUACUGUACCAUAUGCCUUUCGAUGCUGUAUUUUUAUUUUUUUUUCAUGAGUGUGAAGUAGGAAUGGGGAAGCCCCAUGGCACAAUAUUUAGCCCACAUUUAUUUUCAGAACUUCAGUCGUUUGAUUCAAAAAGGGAAAGUUUUGUUCGAUUUGUUAUCUUGUAAGCUAUAAUUUUCUAAUUUGUUGUAUUUAAAUCAGGAAAUGUUGCACUCUUGAGUAUCUUAUUAGGAUGCAACUGUUAAAAAGAAGAAGAAAAAAAAGGUUCCCCAUGCCUGCUUCAAAUCCCGACAUUACUUUUGUUCUCAUAUUCCUUGGUUAUAGAUCAUGGACAUCAUCAUCAUCAUCAUGUUUAUGGACGCCGCAGGUGGAGCAUGUUGCGUCUUGACAUAUCUCCUGUUGCGCGUUUAUUGCCCAUGUACAGACAAAUGAGUGGCGUGCGCCCUUAUGGAGAGCAAAGCACAGAGCUGUUAACUACCUAAUUCCCCAUAAUGGGCUCACAUAUUGUAGGAGAGGUUCUAUUCUAGAGUCUGCUGUAAAUAAUAUCACACAGUACGUAUAUAUUUGUAAAGUGGUGUUGGCUUAUUCAUCACCGGAUAUGCAAUAAACAAAAAGGUAAUAAUGCAGUAAAAAAAAAAAAAAAAAGGGAUUUAGCAAAUUCACCCAGCGGGCGUUGUUUCACACCUUGGGUGACUUUUAUGUGACAACGAUAUGUUUUAUUUAUUUAUUUAUUUGUUUUUUAAGCGCGUGUCCACUCUAAAGGGAUAUUAGGGCCACAAUGAAAAGACAAAGUAAUAACCCUCCUGUCAUAUGUCUUUGAGCUUAAAGGUGUAAUACUAUGAGAAUAAAGUUAUAGUCUUGAAGUAAAU